ACUUACCUGAUCAUGUCCUCAUCUUCCCUGUCAUCUUCUUCAAAUGCCUCAUCGCUCAGUGCUCCAGAAGGGCUUUCACCAAACAACAGCCUCUCCCCGGAUGUUGGAGCACAGAGAUUUUUCAGCCAAGGGAAAAGGAUCCCGAAAGAUGUGAAACGGCACUGUGGAAUGUGCAAGCAGCAUGGAGUUUUCGUAGAGACGCGCGGGCACACCUGCGAAUAUAGAAGUUGCGAGUGUGAGCAGUGUGACUUGGUCCGUAAGCGACGGGAGAUCAUGUCAACUCAGAUUCGUCUCCGACGAGAGCAAGACAAGAAGUUCCAGCGUACCAAUGAUAUCAGCGAGGCCAACGUGUUCCCAGGCUUCACAGGUGGGGAGGCAGAUGAAAAAGCUGUCAUGGAGAACAUGAACAUGUGCUAUUUCUGCCAAAAAUGCAAGAAUCACAAUGUGCUCGUCUGGAAGAAAAAUCACAAAAAGGAGUGCCAAUAUUCCAGCUGCGAAUGCCAACAGUGUAACUUGAUUGAUUCCCGUCGUGCCCUGGACCGGCAUAUUAAGAAGCGAAAAAUGAGCAUAAAGGGCAACACGGUUGAAGCUAUCGCACCGAAAAGUCCCAAAAAAGAGGGCUCCACCACGGCUUCAUCAUCGUCACUCUCAUCUUCUUCGGGCUGCAAUUCGGACGAGUCGGCUUCAUCCUCGGAUUGCUCGCUAUCUGGAAUGCUAUCAGAGAAGUUGAACAUGGCUCCGCAGGUUCAGAUGAAAUUCGACUUCAGUGCCGGGGGAUUUAUGAUUCCUGCAGCGACUUCGGCAAAUGCAAGCACUAGUCCGGCUGGUUCUCCAUUUGAGACAACAUCUCCAAUGCCGCUUCUCCUUCCGCAUUCACCAAUUGCUCUUCCACAACUUGCUCCAUCAAGCCUACCGCUUUCAUUUCUUACCGUACCCUCUCUCAUGUCCACCGCGGCCUCACCAUUUUUCACGGCUCCGCUUAUGUACGGAGCUGCUCCAACUCUUUUCCCGAAUCCUCUCCUGAUGACCCCUAUCGGAAUGCAAAUGUUGUUCCAGAACUUUCAAAAUUUUCAGAAUAUCCGUGAGCUUAGCGCUGCAAUUAGCUGCGCUGAAACCGAUUGAUUUUUCUUUUUAAUUUUUCAAAAAAAAAAACAAUUUCCAAUCUGUGAUUUAUUGUCUUUUCCCUGUAAAACUCUAGUUCCUUCCCAGUUGCACCUCAAAAAGAGUAAAAACCCCAUCGAAAUUUUAAGCUGUGCGGGUUUUCAGUUCAAACAUGAUGAUAAUAAUAUUUUGAUGUUUUUGUGUUUUAUAUUUCCAAAAACUUUUUUUUGAUUCUGCAAAAGUGAUAAAUUAAUAAAAUUGUACUCUUAUCAA